UUUCGCUGCUGAGAGAAAGGGAGGAGGGGCGCAAAGAGAAACAGCUCAGCCAAGCGUGCAAAACCGAACUGCGCGAGGAGGGACAGAAAGAGACACACCAUCACUGCAGCAGAUCCUCCAACAUGGAGACUCCAAAACCACUCGAGACGAAUGGAUUCCAUGCGACCACCACAGUGAACUAACUACAGCAGAAGAAAAGUAGAAGAAAAACCACAAGAAUUCCACUCCACGUUUUUGUUUUGUUUGUUUGUUUUUGGGAGGAUGCACCAAAAAAGGAGUUUCCUGCAUUGAGAAGGUUCCUGGAAAAACUUUUAUCUCUUUAUCUCUGAUUCCAAGGAAUUCUGAUAACAGCAUUGUUCAGCAAGCUCCCUGAUUCCAAGUUUCCUUCACGUAAAGUCUGUAAAGUUUCCAAGUUCCCAGGUUCCUUUCUUGACCGGUUUUGUGAUUAUGGACAACUUCAAUCCUACAGAUUCUGGAUGGUGGACCCUAUCUUGCUGAGCUCUCUUCUUUUGGCAUGUGGAGCACAUUGGGAUUUACGACCCUCACUCUUGGCCUAAUAAAUGUGGACGAAAGCUGACUUGGCAAAGUCGGUGCAUACCAGUGUGAGCUGCAGGGACCCCCCAGGAUGGAGGCCCCAUGUGGCCCCCCAGCGCUGUCCUUCUUCUCCUUUUUCAUCUUCGCCUCCCUCACGAUGACACUGAAUGGCCAGUUGGUGUGCUGGCACGCCUUGCUCCGGUGCCACCAGGAGAGAGAUUGCGAUCUGGCCUAUAAUCAGUACCUGCUGGCGUGCGAAGGAAUCUUGAGGGGGACGAGGCGGCAGUGCCCCAGCCACUGCAUAGGUGCCCUCGUCCGCCUCAACCAGACCUCCAGUGGGCCAGAGCUGGAGACCUGCAACUGCGGGCAGGAUGAACUGUGUCACAGGGCCAAGAAAGCCAUUGAGCCGUGCAUGCCCAGGACUCACUCUGGUGGAAUGGGCUGCACUGAGGCUCGUCAGCAUUGCGACGAAAACCCCAGUUGCAGGUCAUCAUUGACUGGUUAUCUGUCUUCCUGUGGUCAGCUUUUCAAUGGCAGGAAGUGCUCUGCCCGCUGCAAGGCCACUAUUGAGGAGCUGCUGUUCAUGCCAGAUGGUGCCAUGCUGGACAAGUGCGUAUGUGAUGGAGUGGAGAGGCCUUUUUGUGAAGUGGUCAAGGAAAACAUGGCCAAGCUGUGCUUUGCAGGCGAGCGGGGAGCGCACACCGACCAAGACAGCCUGGACGACGUUUACGAAGAUGAAGAUUACGAAGCUAAAGGCGAGCGGGAGGUGGAUGUGGAUGCUGUGGUGCAGUAUUCAGGGGCCGAGCACUUCUCAAGCCAUAUAGUUCUGAUCUCGGGGUCAGUCUUGCUGACUUUUCUUAAGGCUUGACCACCUUGACCCUGGCUCUUCUCCAUAUGGCUAGCUGGAUGUGAAAUAAGCUAGAUGACUGAGCUGAUCUAAAGGGUGGCCAGUACUAAGCUGUGAUGCUUAAAUGGAUGGAGUUUUGCUGACAGAAACUCAGAAAAUACUUCAGAGUGCUGCCAAAGGGACAAAUAAAGGGCUACAAGCACAAAAAGUACAAGAAUUGGUACAUUUCUAGGGCAUUAUCCAAGCCUUUUUAGGGCUUUUUGGCUAUGGACUUAAGCUAAAAAGCUAAAAAAUGUCAUUUUAAAGGAUCUUUUUAAUGGAGUUUUGCAAUCCUAGAGUGGAUUUCCUUUUGUAUAAAAGACUUAAGCUAAGAAAUUGAGAAUUUAUUCUCCCAGAGUGAAGCUAAAACCUCACUGAAAUAUGCCUUAAAGUGGAAUAUUGCAGCAUUCCUCGGUGUAAUGUGUUUUUUUUUUGUGUCUGUUAAUGGUUCACUACCACCAGCAGCAGUACUGUACUGUAAAUUUGAAUGGUAUUAUUGAUGUUACUUACAAAGAGCAAAAAGAGGAAAAUCACUAACUAAAAACACACUUAGCAUCCAGAAUUUGAAUCCAGUGAGCAUUUGGAUGGAAUGGUUGGAAUGCUUGCAGCUUCAAAUUGGUUUUAUAGUCACAUAGUCACACAUCUCAAGCAUUUUUCCAAGAAAUUCUUCAACGGCACAUUGGCUUCUAAUAUGAGUUUGAGUUGAGUCGAGUUGUGUUGAGUUUUCCUACAAUAUCCAGAAGUUAGUUAAAAAAUAAAAACACACUGAACUAUUCCUUUAAACACCAGUAAUCUUCGUGGCCUCUCUGAUAGAGAGCUGUAAGCUUGAUGAGAAGACUAAGACAAAUGUCUCCCUCUCUUUCUCUCUUUAUUUCUCUCCUUCUUCGUCCUCCCCUUCUCACUCUCACUAUGUUUUGUUUCACCCCAUUGCUCUCUAAAGUGUCUCUUUUUUAGUAAGACGUAAGACAAACAGUGAUCUCGCUCUCCGGGUGUUUGCAGACCUCUUGUUGCCCACACGCUCAUUGUGGCGACUAUUACACUUCAAAUAUUUGCAGUGGACGGCCAGAGAAAAGAGCAGGUUUCAGGAUCAAGUUGUUAAAUUAAGUGGAGAGGCUCUUCACAGGCUGCUAAAAUACCCUCCCCCUCCCCGAGCACUCACUCUAUAUUCUCUCUCACUCUCUCAUUUCACUGAAUCAUCCCCUGGCAUGACCUCUUUCCUCUCUUUUUUUCUCUCCCUCCCCCCAUUCCUAAAGGAAAUGCUUGAUCUCUCUUUCUCUCUCUCUCUCUUACUCUCUCUCUCCAUUUUUUCUUCCUCUGCUUCUAAGCUAGGCCAUUGUUUGUGCUCUGGAGUAAUUGGCUUUUAUGAAAUUUCUCUUGCACAUGAAAAGCAGCAGAAUCCCUCGUUCCCUGACUUUAAGCGGCUGCUGACUCUUGGAGAGAAACAGCCUUGUUUGGAGAGAAGAGAAACAAAUGAGUGAACUUUUGGUAGCUUCUUCUGAACGAAAGAAAAAGAAAAUACACUUAAUACACUCAAAUUCAAUUCAUUCCAACAUCAGUUACGGACAUAUUGUAUUCUCUAAUGUGGGAUUACCCAUAUUAAGAGUUUUAACUUUGUAAUAAUUUUAGUUAAAACAAUGAUUGAAUGUCGGAAGGUCUUUGGUUGAAUUGCCACAAACAUUGUAUGUACAGAAAGCAAUAUAUUUAUGUUUUGAAAAUUAUGAAGGAAUAAAAUUGUGAAUGUGAA